AAGCUUGAUACUGCGAUACGCAACUUCAGAAAAAUUUGAUGGAAGUGCUAUAAAUUGGAGUUUUGACGAGCGUCACCACAACACACAAUAACAUCCUCCUCGCAAAAAUGUCUCUGCCUUGCAAUACGCAACUACUUCACAAGUUUUCUUCCAUUCACCAUAACCCCAGUCUCACCAAACUAUACCCAUCACGACACAGAUCACUCGCUCAACUUCCAAUCAAUAUCAAUAUCAAUAUGAAUAUGGUUCUUAUUAUCACUGAUGAACAGGGCAUCACACGCCGCAUUGGAAAUCAUCACCCCAACUUGUGGGACGAUGAUUUCUUACAAUCUCUUCCUAGAUCUUAUGACGCUCCCUGUUAUGGUGAACGUGCUGAGAAGCUGAUUAAGGAGAUCAAGGGCAUGUUCAAUGCUCUUCAUUUGCACUCUUCAUCUGCAGAUGAUUUGUAUCAGCAUCUUUCAAUGGUGGACGAUGUAGAGCGUCUUGGAAUUGACCGCCAUUUCCAAACUGAAAUAAAAGCAGCUCUUGACUAUGUUUACAGGUAUUGGGAUGAUAUGAAUGGCAUUGGGUGUGGUAGAGAGAGUCCUUGCGCGGAUCUGAACACCACAGCCUUGGGCUUUCGAAUUCUUCGCCUGCACAGAUAUGGCGUCUCUUCAGGCGCAUUGCUGCAGUUCAAAGAUAAUGAUGGACAAUUCUUGUAUUCAAAUGCUCAAUCAAAUGAGGAGUUAAAAAGUAUUUUGAAUUUAUAUCGAGCUUCACUUAUUGUAUUUCCUAAUGAGCAAGCUUUGGAUGAUGCUAAAGCUUUUUCUACUACAUAUUUAAAACAAGCUCUACCAAAUAUUAGCAAUACCAAUCUUUCAAAAGAGAUCAAAUUCAAUCUAGAGUAUGGUUGGCACACCAAUGUGCCUAGGUUGGAAGCAAGGACUUAUAUUGACAUAUAUGGAGAUCAUAAGAACACCAAAAAUAUUUUCAACUCAAAACUUUUAGAAUUAGCAAAGUUGGACUUCAACAUGAUCCAGUCAAUGCAACAACAAGAGCUUCAAAUUCUCUCAAGAUGGUGGACAGAGUCCGGUCUAUCUAAACUAGAGUUUUCUCGCCAUCGCCAUGUGGAAUAUUACUUUUGGGCAGCUGGAGCAUGUAUUGAGCCAAAAUAUUCUUCUUUUAGAAUCGGGUUUGCAAAGAUGUCUGCAUUUGCCACUUAUUUGGAUGAUAUUUAUGACACUUAUGGAACUUUAGAUGAACUUAAAAUCUUCACACAAGCUAUUAAGAGGUGGGAUUUAGCAUCCAUGGAAGGACUUCCAGAAUUCAUGAAAGUGGCAUUCAAGGCCUUUGAUGAGGGUGUGAGGGACAUGGCUCGAGAUGCUGAAAAAACUCAAGGAAGAGACACACUUGACUAUGCACGUAAAGCUUGGGAAGUUUACAUAGAUGCUUACAUGCAAGAAGCAACUUGGCUUGCUACGGGGUAUAUACCAUCUUUGGAGGAAUAUUUAGAGAAUAGUAAAGUAAGCUCUGGAUCUCGUGUUGUGACCUUGCAACCUAUCCUAUCAUUAGAUAUACCCAUUUCUAAUGAUGUUAUAAAAGAAAUUGAUUAUCCAUCUAAGUUCAAUGAUCUUUUAUGCUUAACCCUCAGGCUAAGAGGUGACACAAAGACUUUCAAGGUUGAGGCAGAUCGUGGGGAACAUGUAUCAUGCAUAACAUGUUAUUUGAAAGACAAUCCCAGAUCUACAGAGGAGGGCGCAUUGGAUUAUCUCAAUUCUUUGAUUGAUGACAAACUCAAAGAAUUAAAUUGGGAAUAUUUAAAAACUGAUAAUGUUCCAAGAACUAGCAAAGAUCACGCAUAUGCAUUAUCAAGGGGCCUCCAACUUCUCUACAAAGAAAGAGAUGGAUUUAGUGUCUCAAAAUUUGAGACAAAGAAUCUUAUCACCAAAACCAUGAUCGAACCAGUACCUAUGUGAUUAUUAUUUAUGUUAUAUGUAUGCAUUAUAAAGAACAACAUCCUUUGAUA